AUGUUUCUCAAAUCCAUCGACCUCACCACCGCUCUUCGGCCUUCCUAUCUGCCUGACGAGGUCCUGCUAUUUGUGCAAGACAAUGUGGGCCUAUAUGAGGGGAAGUAUAAGUUGCCGCACCAUCAAAAUGGCCAGGUAUACCUGACAUCGCACCGAAUCUGCUAUGUCGACAAAGAAGAUCCUCGAACGCACUCGGUCGCACUCGAGUUGAAAGAUGUCGACCGCUACGAGUUCUACGCUGGCUUCCUCAAGUCGUCGGCCAAGAUAACGCUCAUACCGAAACCCUUGAAGCGUUCCUCGCUCAUGGCCAGAGCAUCAGCCAUAUCCCCAGCCACCGGACGGCCAAGCUCUCAUAUCGGUCCUGGUUCAGGUUCCACCACACCUGCUUCGUCCGAUGGCCCCUACAGACCCCCCUCCGAGCAGCCGUCGGUCAGCUCUGCAACCUGGGUCUGCACCAUAUGCAGCUUCUCAAACCCAGUUCCUUCGAAUUUCGAUCCAACCACGGCCAAUAUUCAUACACCUCUGCCGCCAUGCCUCGCUUGCGGGAUCAAGCCCUCCUUGGCGCACGUGUUAAAGGCGGCCAUCUCCAACGCCACGAAUAGGUCCGCUGCAGCACCUGCGACUCCUUCCGGGCCGCUGCCUGCCGCAGCGCAACCCCAACGGUCGAACUCGCGAACAGGAGAAACGGGCGGGCCCCCACUGUGGCCAGGAUCGUCCAGCAUCAUAGGCACGCCUCCUCCACAGCAACCAGUGCAGCCAGCGCCGCUCGACCCCAGCGCCCAUUUCCAAUGCCCUCGGUGUACGUUCCUCAACCAUCCAUCGUUGCUAACAUGUGAAAUAUGCGGUGCGCCGCUCUUGGCCCAAAACACACCGACAUCGGCCCUCAAGGAGGCCCCUCAACGAACAGAGUCACCGGGGCCCGUUCUGAAGGGACCUACCGCUGGAUCUGGGUCUGACACGGCGGAGAGCGUCAAGAUAUCCUUCCGAGGGGGAGGCGAGAAGAUCUUCCACGAAAGGCUCAAAAACUCCAUCGCGCAGCGAAAAUGGCUUUUGCAAGGAGCCCCGCCGGUACCGAGAAGCGGUCGAGCCUCGAGUGAAAAUGGGGCUCAUGGCCAGUCACCGUCAGGCUCAGGCCCGGAACGAAAGAAAGGAGUGGGCAUUGCCGGGCUUGAGCAGCGCGGCCUCGAUAUGCGCAAGAACAACGAGGUCAUGAUUGGCAGCGCUUUUGAGGACUUGGACGCUCUCAUGGCCUCGGCGAAGGAGAUCGUGGCGCUCGCAGAGAGAUUCGCGCGACAGGCCAACGGGGGCAGUGGCGCGGCGGCUUCUGAGGCGAACGCGCUGCUCGCCGAGUCGGCCAGCCAGCUCGGGCUGAUCACGACAAAGGACAUAGUCAGCGGAAGCAGCUCUGAGAAGCUCUACCUCUCGGAGCUGGCUCGUAAUCUGGCCGAGUUUCUGACAGACGACGCCCGUGGCGUCCUCAAGAAGGCGGGCGGGGUUUUGAGUCUGGUCGACCUGUGGGCCAUGUUCAACCGGGCCCGCGGCGGUGUCGAGCUUGUCAGCCCCAUGGACUUUGAGAAGGCGGCCCAGAUGUGGGAGUCGCUCAAGCUCCCCGUGCGGCUGCGCACCUUCAAGAGCGGUGUCAUGGUGGUCCAGAGCAGUGACAGGACCGACGAGACGACCAUCAAGGCCCUCAAGUCAUGGCUGGCAGACCUUCACGAGUUUCCCCCCGAGCGCGAGGUGGCAUGGGACUGGCGAAUGUUCGGCCGUGGAGUCACAGCACGCGACGCAGCCGAGAGGUUUGGCUGGAGCAUCGGCGUGGCUGAGGAAGAGCUGGAAAUGGCCGAAGAGCGCGGCGUGCUCUGUCGCGAGGAGGGUAUCGAGGGUCUCAAGUUCUGGGAGAACUUUAUCGACACGGGCGAGCGUCACAAGCGGCGCGUCAAGAAGCGGACAACGGAGGAUGACCAGGUCACACGUGCACUUAAAGAGGCGGGCUUCAUUUGA